AUGAAAAACCUAAAAAUGGCUGUAAAUCCGUUUUGUGAGAUUGCCAUGGAGCAAGCGGUUCGGUUGAAAGAAGCGAAGGUUGCCGACGAGAUUGUCGCAGUAUCAAUAGGGGUAAAAGCUGCACAAGAGCAACUACGUUAUUGCAUGGCUUUAGGAGCGGAUAGAGGGAUUUUGGUGGAGUCUUCGACGCCUGUAGAUGUGGAUGUACCUCCUUUCGUUGUCGCGCAGGCUCUGGAGAAGAUUGUUGAAAAGGAGAAACCUGAUCUGGUGCUUAUGGGUAAACAAAGCAUUGAUGGCGAUAACAAACAAACAGGCUCGAUGCUUUCUGGCUUACUGGAUUGGCCCGAAGCAACCAAUGUCAGCGCAAUGAAAUUUCGGGACGACGAUCCUCGCAAAGUGAUCGUGGAAGAAGAAGAGGAAGAUGGUCUUCGAACUUUGGAAGUUCCGCUUCCUGCAGUGAUCACAACGGACCUCCGCUUGAAUACUCCUCGCUAUCCAAAGCUACCGGAUAUCGUGAAAGCAAAGAAGAAGAAGAAGUUGGAAGUCAUUCCACUGUUAUCUUUAUUGCCCGAUUCGAAGAGUUGUAGUAUUCUUGUACAGUACUUAUCUUAUCCGGAGCAAAGAAAGAGCGGCACCAUAUAUAAGACAGUAGAUGAAUUAUUAGAACAAUUACGUAAUCAAGGUAUUCUUUCUUACAUCUCUUUGUUGCUAAAAUUAUUAAAAAUAGUAUUCUUUCAUAGAAAAGGCGAUGUGAUGGUUUCGAAAUAG